AUGGCGGAAUCUAUAACCCAUGGAGCCAUUUCCUCUAUUCUCUCAAACCUGUCACCUGAUUCUUCGACCUCAUUACCAGAGAUCGUGAUCCAGGUCCUCGAUCUUAAGCCUGUUGGUAACACCAACUCACGGGUUUUGAUAGUUACAAAAUGUGAAGUGGUUUCCCCUGCACUGGAUGCUGAAGUAAAGACAGAGGUCAAGUUAGAAGACACAGGGAUUGUUUUGAAGCCGAAGGUGGAAACCGAUGUGAAGUCAGCAGCUCACAUUAGCGAAGAACGCAAGGUUAAGGCAGAAGGCACAGGGAUUGAUUUAAAGCCGAAGGUGGAAACUGAAGCGAAGUCAGCAGCUCAGAUUAUGGGAGGGCGCGUAAAUGCUGCCCCUGUUGCUCGAAUGGCAAUGACCAAAAGGGUCCAUCCCCUUGUUUCAUUGAAUCCCUAUCAGGGGAGCUGGACAAUAAAGGUUCGCCUCACAAACAAAGGCAAUCUUCGGACCUACAAAAAUGCAAGAGGAGAAGGGUGUGUUUUUAAUGUUGAAUUAACAGAUGAAGAUGGCACUCAGAUCCAAGCCACCAUGUUUAAUGAAGCUGCAAAAAAAUUCUACACAAUAUUUGAGCUUGGAAAGACAUAUUACAUAUCUAAAGGGACCCUAAGGGUGGCUAAUAAGCAGUUUAGAACUGUUCCAAAUGAUUAUGAGAUGACAUUGAAUGAGAAUUCUGUAGUUGAAGAAGUAGCUGGAGAAGAAUCCUUUGUCCCAGAGACAAAAUACAACUUUGUCAAGAUUGAUCAAUUGGGUCCUUAUGUGAAUGGGAGGGAACUUGUUGAUGUCAUUGGGAUUGUUCAGAGUGUUUCCAACACUCUGAGUAUUCGUAGGAAAAGCAACAAUGAAGAAAUCCCCAAACGCGAAAUUACUAUUGCAGAUGAUUCUGAGAAGACUGUGACAAUAUCCUUAUGGAAUGAUGCUGCAACUACAGUGGGACAAGAAUUGCAGGAUUCUGUUGAUUCUGCACCUAUAGUCGCAUUUAAAAGUCUUAAAGUUGGUGAAUUUCAAGGAGUCUCUCUAUCAAUGAUAAGUAGAAGUAUUGUGGCCGUCAAUCCAGAUACACCAGAGGCAAAGAAGCUGCGAUCUUGGUAUGACACUGAAGGUAAAGGAACUUCCAUGGCUUCUAUUGGUUCUAGUGUUAUCUCAAACUCAUCAAAACUUGGCCCAAGAUCGUUUUAUUCGGAUAGAGUCUUCCUUUCUCAAAUUGUUGAUGAUCCAUCCUUGGGCCAAGAUAAGCCUGUAUUUUUCAGUGUAAAAACUUAUGUAAGCUUCAUCAAGCCUGACCAGGCCAUGUGGUAUAGGGCAUGCAAAGUUUGCAACAAAAAGGUUACAGAGGCCAUUGGGUCAGGUUAUUGGUGUGAGGGGUGCCAAAAGAAUGACGCUGAAAGCAGUUUAAGAUACAUCAUGGUGGCUAAGGCAACUGAUUUGAAGGCUGAAGCUUGGCUUUCUGUGUUCAAUGAACAAGCUGAGAGAAUCAUUGGGUGCUCUGCAGAUGAGCUUGAGAAGAUAAAAUUAGAUGAUGAACAACAAUAUCAGUCUCGAUUGAAAGAACCGCUGUGGGUUCCCCAUCUCUUUCGAGUUAGUGUUGCACAAAAUGAAUACCAGUAUGAGAAGAGGCAAAGGAUAACAGUCAGGGCUCAGGCCCCUGUUGAUUGGGAAGCUGAGUCAAAGUAUCUAUUAGAGGAGAUAGCCAAAUUGAAAGCUUCCUCUUGAUUGUGACUAGUCUUCUGUCAUUUUCUUUCCAUACAGUACUUGUUAGAGGAGCUAGCCCCCUUAAAGGCCUCCUGAUUGUAAUUAGAGUUGUGAAUUUCUUUUGCUGUCUUCUCUGUUAAAUGAGAUAGUGAAGUUGCAGGCUUCCUCAUGUUUGCUACUUAAGUACUAAUUGCUCAUUUUCUUCC